AUGGUGCUGUUGAGAUGGGUAGGUUCAGCUUAUUGUUGUUGAAGUUUAGGCGUAUAAAAAUGCUACUCGUCAACGAUUACAAGCAAUGGAUGAGGAGGCAAGACAAGAGGCAAUUUGUCGAGGUCAGGCCGAGUUGUACAUGCUUGUGGCGGCACUGCUACAACGAUUGACUAAUUUGGCUUCAAAACAUCCUUCAAAAGGCAAGAGAAAUUCCAUGGAUUUUUUUUCUUACCGUGGAUUCUCUAACUCAACCAAUUUCAGCUCCGGACGACCAUCGCUGUUGCAAUCAUAACCUUUCUGCUCCUGAUCAAGUUAAAGUGAUUGAAGAUACAAUAGCCGCUUUAAAAAAGAAAAAAUCUAAAGAAAACGGGGAGAUACUUCCUCAGAAGGAAGAUGGGUUACCUCUAGAAGGAUCAGACUACCAUAAAAUAGAAAGACAAGUCCACUUUGAAGCUCCGCGAAGCCAGCAAAUCACAAACAUAGUCUUGGCCAAGGAUAAGGUCCAAGGACUACAAAGACUCAAAAAUAUGAGAGAAGGUGGCGAUAAUAACGUAAGUAGGAGCGUUACUUUGAUUUGUUAUUUUUAGGAUGUAACUGUGAUUACUGUUCAAGAAACUGAUAGUAUUGUUGGAGAAGAGAAGUUAAAGCCAACUCCACAGAAACUACUGAUUGGUUCUUCAGCUGCUGGUAGUGUAAGUAAUUUGGUUUUCAUCCUUUGUCUUGUGGCUUGGGUUACAUUAUCAUUCAUGAAUUUCAGACAACAUCGACUGGAUCUUCAACUGUUUCGUCGACAACAUCUGUGACUUCAGACAUUUCUGAUCAAGAUACUUCGGCCCCAAGUCAACCGUUGGAAUAUGUGGCACCUCAAAGGAGACUGAAGAACAAAGAGAAAUCGAAACGAGAGAGUCAUAAGAAGAAAAGAGUUUCCCCGGUAGUCGAUAAAACGCAAGAAGGGGAUGAAAUUGAUGCUUAUCCAAAAGUAAAGAAGCCAAAAAAGAAGUCAAGUCCUGAGAAGAGAAGGGAGAAGAAGGUUGAGGACGACGAUGGUUCAUAUAGGGCAAGGGAGGAUGCAACUGAAUCAACUACUUUGUAUGAUGUGGAAGAAGAAGUCGAGAAAGCGAAGAAAAAGGUGCGGUAAUAGAAGUUGGAAUAUUUCGCAAUGUUGCAUGUUGUAGAUCAAGGUCAAGCCCAAAACUCUGGCUGGGUAUGUAAAUGCGAUUGCUGCUAACAGCAAACAACCUCCACGACCGGAGAGAAAGGAUGUUGUAAUGGUCAAUGAAGAAAAGAAGGGAAAGUUCAAGACGGUAAAUUUUUAAGAGAUAGGUGUUGUUGCCGUUUUUAUGAGGUUGGGUCUUAUGUUUUAGAUUAAGGUGCGUCCUGAGUUAGUUGCUGGCAUGGUGAAUAGGAUUGCCGAGUCUCACCUUGUUGAUAAAUUUCCAACAAAAUCUCAUCGGAAAGAUGUUUUACUGGAAAGGGAAACUGAACGAAGCCCGAAAAGGGUGAGGGCUUUGCCAAAUUUUUGAAUUUUUUUUUGUAAUUGAUCAGUUUCUAAUUUCCAGAUCACAGUGAAGCCGAAAACAUUGGCCGGAGUGGUCCAUUAUAUCGCUGAAGCCGCCCCUCAAGGAUCGAAACCCGUGGAUAAGAAGCAUAGAUUGGUAUACGAUGAGGAAGACGAGUCCUCCGAGGAUUAUACAGCAACAUUGCGUAAGAACCUGGAGGAAAAGGAAGAAAUACAGGGAGAGUCAAGUGAAUGGAGCGAUGUGGUUGAGGAAUCGGAUGAAACUGGAUAUACUACGGCCACAAGCACUGUCUCUCGUAGGUUGACAAGGAUGUGAUGGCAAUUGGAUGGGUAUUGUUUUGUGAUUUUUUCCAAUUUUAGCUCAAGGGUCAAAUGAAAAGAGCAGCCCAGAGUCCACAAAGUCUCCCGCCAACACCCCAAUUGAGGAUGACUCGGUUGAAAAUUUGAAGUCCCCAAGCGGUAGGAACCGCCGCUUCAAUGCGGGUUUGUCUAUGGAUUUUUGUGACCUGAUGAAUUCGUCCCCAAUUAUUGGUCAAGUCAUUCCAUCAACUGAAUUGGACUCUCCAUAUUGGAGAGCGGAUCCACGAAGAAGGAUGGAAACGAUUCAGGAGGAGAGGAGGGCUACGGUAAGUGAUGACUUUGACUAUUUUUGAAUUUUUAAAUAUUACUGUAAUGAUUUUUUUUUGGCUUACUGUAACUUUGUAUUUUUAAGCCGAAACCCCUUCCAUUGGCCCAAUCGAUCAAUGAAGUCAAGGCUUUGAGUCGACCGAAAGGUAAUCAGAAUCCAAGUUAUGAUCGAACACGACUUGAUGAAGUAUAUCGACAAGCAGCUGGCGCCUCUCUGAACUCGACUUUGCCCUCGCUUACGUCGUUGAAUCUACCAAGAAAAUCUCCAGCCAAGAACAACUCUCCCUUCGCGAUACCUCAAAAGCAUUGUGCCAAGGUAUUAAAUCUCCAAUCCCCGGUGUAAUCAACGCUUGCUUGAUAUUAUAAUUGAUGUAUAAAUGGAGUUUUUGAAGAUGUUAGUAAAUUAUUGUAAUUGGCUUGAGAUAUUUUGAGUUCUAAAAAGGUGCAGAAUGUUUUGUGUGAAAAUCCGAAAGUUUUGCGAACCAUGAAAAGUAAAAUCCAGGUGGAUUCCAUCGGUGAUCCCACCUUUUAUCAGGUCAUUCCAUCGACGAAGAAAACGAGGGGAUUGACCCCGAUUUCCGCCAUCCUUUUGUUCCUUCAAUUUAUAAACGGAAUCCCUUCGGAUCCGUCUUUUAGUCACCCGUCCGCCAUGCUGUACAAGGCCAUCGGAGGGGCGACGAUUCUGGUGGCCUCGGCCACAAUCAUGAUCCAGAUUGUCCUGUUCCCACUGGUCCAACAACAGACUGAACGAAUGCACUUGAUGUUCGAAAGUCGACUCAAACGAUUUCAUGUGAGUUGAGCUUGUUUAGAGUCCAUGAUGUUGUCUGCAGUGAAAAGCAACUUAAGGUUAUGUUUUAGCAUGACUCCCGGGUGUUCGACGAUCAACUAAAUCAAUUGCGAAGUAUUAUCUCGGCGUCUGGAGGUCGCCCAAGACGUCAACUUGGUCACAAUCACUGCCCUCCUCCUGUAGCCGGGGCUCCGGGUCUUCCCGGACUCCCAGGAGAAGACGGAGAAGAAGGAAACCCGGGAUUCGAUGGUCCGGCCGGUCUGGAUGCUCAAAGUGGGUCAUCAUUUUAUUUUUUUUUGUUGAUUUUUCUACUCUAGAAGCCACCAGAUUUCUUUAUUUUUAAUUUUAGCUCUUCUGAUGGAAGAAGCCAGAAAAUGCGUGAUCUGCCCUGCUGGCCCACCUGGACCAAUUGGACCGCCCGGUCCUCAAGGAUAUCAGGGUCGUUCCGGCGGCAAAGGAAAGCCCGGGGAUCCGGGAAAAGACGGGACAGAUGGAGAACAAGGUCCCGAAGGUUUCAAAGGCCAUUCGGGACAGCCCGGGAAGCAGGGAAAGAAAGGAACGGACGGAAGACCGGCCCAAGGAGGGACUGGACCACCGGGCCCGAAGGGUGUUAAGGGCUCGGUUGGUCCAACUGGACCUCAAGGAACUCGAGGAAAGCGGAAUUAUGUGUAUGGACCACCUGGCCCUGAAGGCAAACAUGGACCUCGAGGCUACGAUGGAUUGGAGGGAAAGCCCGGAAGUCGAGGCGAAAAAGGCCCUAAGGGCGAGGCCGGACUCAAUGCCAAGUUCUGUCCUUGUCCUGGGGAGUUGAAGAAUGGGAAACCGAAGAGUGGAUUGCUCCCUCCACCGGUUGCCCAUCCGUUGCAACCUCAGGCUCAAGUUCAACGAGAGCCAGUCCAACAAACUGAGGCGCCAGUCCAGCCAACUUCCCCCACUCCCGAGCCAGUCCGCCAGAGUCGUCUCCACGACAAUGAACUUUCGGCUCCGCCAGCUCCGACUGGCCGCACUUUCGCCGCCCCGAUGGCCGAAUCCAUCCUCUCAGCGGCCGCUCCAGCCGAGCCAGCUGCGCCGGCGCCAAGAAAAGACUACGAAGACUUCUACCCGAAUUAUGAUCAGGCCCAGAACAAGAGACCAGAGUAUGAUGAAGAACAUGUUGAUCAACAAGCGGAUCAAGUGAUCGAGGACAAUCAGGAAAACAAUCAAGGAACGCCUGAGGCGGAAGUGGUGACAACCACACAAAGAAGAUUUGUUUACGUGACAAAACGACCAAGACAUCCAUGA